UUGGUGUACGUGACCCGAUUUCAUUUAUGCGUCUUCGAGUUCGAUCGCUUGAUUUUGUUGCAAGCGCAUCUCGUUUAUGUCGGCCAUUUUACUGAUAAUGUUUUCUCGUUCUUACAAAAGUUAAUCGUGGUGAUUUUUAAUUAAAACGCGCUUAGACUUUGUUAAAUAAACUAAAUAGUUUAUAAUAGUAAGAGACAUUUGACAAAAUAUGUCUGUGUGGACAUUGGUGUGAAAUAGUGUGUUCGAUGACGAAACUUUGUUGAUUCGGAUUUGUGAUCGUAAAAUAUAUCGACAAUGUCGACGAUCGGAGACGACGCUGGCCCUUCCAGCAGCGGGUUAGCCAUCCAAACGUUCCGCCCGACGUGGGAUGAGUUCAAAGAUUUUAAUAAAUACGUACAGUACAUGGAAUCGAAGGGAGCUCAUAAAGCGGGGCUCGCAAAGGUGAUUCCACCGCCCGAGUGGGUCCCACGGAAGGGUGGGUACGAUUUAGACCAGCUGAACAUCACAAUACCGUCUCCGAUAUGCCAAGUGGUGACGGGAAAGCAGGGCUUGUUCCAACAAAUCAACAUUCAGAAAAAGGCCAUGACAGUGAGACAGUUUGCCAUCCUCGCGAACUCUGCGAAGUAUUGCACGCCCCGGCACACCAACUACGACGAUUUGGAGAGGAAAUACUGGAAGAACGUCACGUACGUAGCUCCUAUAUACGGCGCCGACGUAAACGGCAGCAUCACAGACCCUGAUGUGAAGGAAUGGAACAUAAACCAUCUCGGCACGAUCCUUGACUUCGUAAACUCGGACUACGGUAUCGAAAUCGACGGCGUUAACACCGCUUAUCUGUAUUUUGGCAUGUGGAAGACAACCUUUGCAUGGCACACGGAAGAUAUGGAUUUAUACUCUAUAAACUAUCUCCACUUCGGAGAGCCCAAAACCUGGUAUGCAAUCCCACCCGAACACGGAAAGAGGUUUGAGAGAAUCGCCGCUGGCUUCUUCCCGACAUCAGCUAAAACUUGUCAUGCGUUUCUCAGACACAAAAUGACUCUAAUAUCCCCUCAGAUACUAAAACAGUACUCCGUGCCAUGCAGUAAGAUAACACAAGAGGCUGGAGAGAUCAUGAUUACCUUCCCAUUUGGCUACCACGCAGGAUUCAACCAUGGUUUCAAUUGUGCAGAGUCUACCAACUUUGCCGCACCUAGAUGGGUGGAGUACGGGAAGAGAGCCACCCAGUGCACCUGUAGCAAUGAUAUGGUGAAGAUAUCUAUGGACACAUUUGUUAAGAGAUUCCAACCAGAUCGCUACGAGCUCUGGCUUAAAGGUCAGGAUAUAGGCUGCCACCCGGAACAACCAGAGAAGAUGGUUCCUGCGCCACAUCCUUCUGGUCAAGAUAUAUUGUGUAAUAAAAAUAACACAGAGCUACCAGAAUCGUUCAUAGAAGCAGAGGAAGAAGGGUUAAAGAAGAAAAAGAGGCAUCCUUUACAUUUGAAGAGGGCAAUGGCUAGCAAGAGCAUAUCAGACGGUGCGAUCGCUGUUUCAAUACUUGGUCAUGACGUCAUGGACGAUGAUGAGAUGACAAUGGCUGAAGGUGACUUAGAUAUGAUGACAUCAAUGAAACGCCCCAUGAUGCCAUUGGAUCCUGAUGACAAUCAGUUGGCCGCUCUUGAAGAUAUUUGGCUGAAAGGCGAUGAGAUGGAUCCGUCAGAGGCGACGCUACCAGAUAUAGGUUACAUAGAUUCCGAUAGAGACUCUGAUUAUGUCGCACACAGUAAGAAACAGACAAAAUCUAAGAAAAAACGUAAAGAGAGCAUCAAGAAGGAACCUAAAGAAAGUGUCAAAAAAGAACCUAAAGAGAAUGUCAAAAAGGAGCCAAAAGAAAAAAGCGUAAAGGAAGAACCUGCAAGUGCCAGUGAAAGACCGCAGACUAAGAAAGUUCGUCGGAAAAUGCAAUCAAAAGGUUUAUCAACUGCUCAGUUAGAAGAUAUGGCUGCCGUCCUAUCCAGUUGGGACUCCCCACCGCAUACAGAUGAAGCUGUUAUAGUAGAACAAAUACCAAUGCCAGGCGAAGACCCUCUGAAUGAUUCUGCAUCACCAAAACCUCUACCAAACGCUAUAGGUGAUAAACUAGACACAUCGCAAGAGAAAAAGAAACAAAGGCGUCAGCCAAAAGAGAAACCGGAAGGAGAAACACCAGAGAAACCCAAGAAGGAAAGAAUAAAGAAAGAACCUGUAAAACGACAGCCUGCAAUCAAAAUGGAGAAAAUAGAAGGAGAAAUCAAAAUAAAGAAACCCAGAAAACCUCGACGUCCAAAGAGUAUCCCUAAUUUUGAAUACAAUUCACCGCUAACACCAGUGAUGGGAAAGCAGAUAAAACUAUAUAGACAAACCGAAGACGUUAAACCAUCAAUAUUGAGCUCCCAAGAAGUAAAAACCCAUACAUCACCUCAACACACUUCAGUCCCACCGAAAACAUACCCUGGUCUUCUUUUAGACCCUAGUUUACGAGUACCUGCCGUCUUGCCCCCCAUCGACAAAAACCCCAACGCCUUCCAAGGAGAAUUCCACAAAUUUAUGACGAGUUCAGCAAAACAUAUUCCAGAGCCUAUAAAACCUAAAGCACCAAGAAAAUCUGCUCCAAAGAAGACUGCACCUCCAGAACCUCAAUUAUUACAGCAAGAUAGCAUCCCAGCACCAAUAGGGCAGUAUACUGAGAGCAUAGUUUUGGAGACGCCUAUUGACUACAGGACAUAUGCACAACAAAAUUUAGACAGACUGCACGAGAGCCAGCCGCCCCAAAUGAACUACCAAGAAAGAAUGCCUUGGAGGCCAGAAUUCUACCCAAACCACAACCAAGAGGUCCUUCACAACAUGCAACCCAUGUAUGGUCAUAUGAACUCAAAUCAAUACUUCCGAAGUCCAUACCAAUCACCAUGGUAUGGCUAUCAGAAAGCGUGUCUGAACGUGCUGACUAAGCAGGAGGCGUCACCAUGCGUCGAGAAGGAGGAGGUCAAGGUCGAGGUGGAGAGGUUCAUUGACCUCGCCAGGCAGAUGGAAGCGUUCUUCUUGCAGAAGAGGUUCCUGCUGUCGGCGAUGAAGCCCGAGCUGCUGGUGAAGGAGGACAACAACGAGCUGAAGUGCGAGCUGCAGCGCAAGGAGGAGCUGCUGGGUCGCCACUAUGAAAAGAUCAGCCAGUGGCAGAACCUGCUAGCGGACCUGCAGACGCCGCAGCCCGCGCUGCAGCAGGCCGCGUCCCCGAUGCAGGCGGCGUGCGGCGUGCAGCAAGCCGUGCCGCAGCACCAGCAGCCGCCCAAGACUGAGUUCAACUCUCCGCUCACGGUGCAGCAGAUGGCGGCGGCGGCGGCGGCGCAGCAAGCGGCGGCGCUGCAGCAGCAGGCCAUGCAGCAGCAGCAGGUACCGCGCCCCGCGCUCCCGCCCGCCUACCCCGCCACCGUGCAGCGCCGGUGACGCGCGACCUGCCACCGCGCAGCGUGACCCAUCCGUGACCCCCCGUGACCCCUCGUGACCCACCCAGGGGGCACAACUGCUAACUUUUCAUAACAACUGAUUAGCGCGUUAGGGCACACCACCAGCUAACAAAUCAACCGUGCAGGGUGACCCACCCGUGACCCCCCGUGACCCACCCAGGGGGCACAACUGCUAACUUACAUAACAACUGAUUAGCGCGUUAGGGCACACCACCAGCUAACAAAUCAACCGUGCAGCGUGACCCACCCGUGACCCCCCGUGACCCACCCAGGGGACACAACUGCUAACUUACAUAACAACUGAUUAGCGCGUUACGGCACACCAGCUUACAAAUCAACCGUGCAGCGUGACCCACCCGUGACCCCCCGUGACCCACCCAGGGGACACAACUGCUAACUUACAUAACAACUGAUUAGCGCGUUACGGCACACCAGCUUACACAUCAACCGUGCAGCGUGACCCACCCGUGACCCCCCGUGACCCACCCAGGGGACACAACUGUUAACUUACAUAACAACUGAUUAGCGCAUUAGGACACACCAGCUUACAAAUCAAACGUGCAGCGUGAACUGAGGGCCUAGUGGCAGUUUGAUACUGUGACGAUCGCGUUAACGUAAACGCGAAUUUCUAAAGAAUUGAAACAGCGCCAUCUAGUGGCACUACUGCACAACUGUUUCAAUUCCAUAUAAAUUCGCGUUUACAUCAACGCGAUAAUAACAGUAUGAAAAUAUUGAAAACUCCCACUAGGCACACUGAGUGGCAGUUGGUACUGUGACGAUCGCGGUAGCGUAAACGCGAAUUUCUAAAGAAUUAAAAAAGCGCCAUCUAGUGGUCUCCCACUAGGCACCCUGAACCAUAGAGGGAACACAACUACUACAAACUUACCAGGGGCGUAGCUACCACCGUAUCAGCUGUUUCAAUGAUAUGGGGCCCCGGUCCCGGACUACAGAGGCCCCUUACGUGUGAAAACAAAAAUUUGUAAAAUGUAAUCUACAAUCUGACUGAAUUUGGUGCUUCCCAAAAAAAAAUAUAAAAACUGUCUAUAGUUUCACUUUAGGAAUGGCUUAAUUAAAAAAAGGAUUUUUUUUUAGAGCCGUGAUAGCCCGUGAUUUCGGAGGGUGUGGGUUCGAAUCCGAUCCGGGCGUGUAACUUCAACUUUUCAGUUGUGUGCAUUUUAAGAAUAUCACGUGUCUCAAACGGUGAAGGAAAAACAUCGUGAGGAAACCUGCAUACCAGAGAAUAUUCUUAAUUUUCUGCGUGUGUGAAGUCUCCCAAUCCGCAUUGGCCUAACCCCUCUCAUUCUGAGAGGAGACUCGAGCUCAGGAGUGAGCCGAAUAUGGGUUGAUAAUGAUGAAUCUCUUUUUCCUGGGUUAAACGCCCAAAAGUUGUAAACAUCCUAAAUAGGUUAAGUCACUGUUCUAUUUGUUUGAAUCAAGCAUUUUUGUUUUUUUUUUUUUGUGAGAAAUGUUUUACCCUUUAUUUGGGCCCCAAACUAAUUUUGAUACAGGGCCUCUACAAGGCACGGUACGCCCUGUAACUUACAAAACAAAUAUAAAUUUAAUCAUUAUAAUGUGGCAAAAGUAAUAAUAUAUGGCCCCAUAGCCAGCCAAUGACAGAUCUGGGAAUGACAGAUCUUGGUCACGUGACCUGUCGAUAGCAAAUGUCAUUCCCAUACAUUUUUCUAGUUUUCGAAGCGUUUGCGAUCGUAGAAAGAGAAUUGUCGUGCCACUUAAAACACUAAUUUUAAUGUAUUAAUUUAGAUUUUUUUUCAGUAUCCAGUAGGUAUAUGUAGUUUAAAAAUAAAAACAAUAUUAAGUAUUUUUUUUGUAUAAUUUCUUUUUUUUCUCUAGCACUUGUUUAUAAUUAUUUUUUACACUACUUACAUUUACACGCUCGUGUUUUGUCUAUGAAGCACUGUAACGUCUCGCUUCCAUAGACAAUAUGCGAAGAGAGUGUGAAUGUUGGAGGUUCUAAGUAGGUAAAUUAUUUAGAAAACUAUAUUGAAACACAUCUAGUGCCUGUAAUUGCUAAACCUUCCUUCUGAAUUCAACUUAUGCGUAUACGAUUUAUCCUACCAUAGGUAACUCAGACCAAUUACCUUCUAAUAGGACCUGCCACGCUAGAGAUUACCUCUCUGUCAAUAAUAUAUGAUCAUGAUCCACCGUGUUCAUACAAGCUGCAUCUAUAGCUAAAUAUGUAUAUAAAAUGUAUAGGUGUGUGUUGUGUAAGGACACAGGAUAUGUUUAUAUCGAUGUGUGAGUUUACCUCGUCCCUUUCAAAACACGACAGACAAUUUUGAUGAUGAAUUUCAGUGUUCGAUACAAGUCCAUAUUUUUUUAGAUCUAUUAGGUAUUUGGUCUAACCCCUCAUUCUGAGAGGAGACUCGAGCUCAGCAGUGAGCUCGAGUGAGUGAGUGAUGAGUUGAUAAUGAUGACAAGUCCAUAGAAGAUAAUUGGCCUGAGCUUUACGUUAGAGCAUUUAGUUUUGGUACAAACAAAAUGUGGAAGGUGUGGCAGUAACAGGCUACGUCAUAUUACUUGCUUAUUGAUUUUAUUUGACCUUUUAUUUGCAAAUACACUAUUUUGAUUGAA